AUGUCUUUCAUGAGGAAAAAAGGCCGAAAAUGGGACGACCAGACGCCUCGCGUGAGACCCAAAUGUCUGGAAGCUGCUAGGGAGGUUGCCAAAAAAAUUAAUAGCAGAUUAAUUGCGGAAGGCUUCCUAAAACUGCCGGAAGAAAAUUCAGCAAGAUCGGCUGCUGAAGUUCACAACAUGAAUGACCCAGCAGCACAAGCACUGCCAACAUUAGGAGGAAGUAGAGGAUUGUUAGUUGGAACAACGUCACACGACCAGCAGUGCACUGUCGAGAUCGACAUAAACGAGAUUCCUCUGGCAUGUCGAAACCUCCUAACAAGAAGUGUCACUCAAGAAGAUAUAUCAAAAAUGAGUGGGGCGAAGGUUUCCACUAAAGGUCGGUUCAUGACCUCGACCGAAAAAAUGAUGUCCAAGUUAACUGGUGAAAAAGCACUGCACUUAUGUGUUCAAGGAGCAGUGGCCUCUAGUGUAGAAUUGGCUGUACAACGAAUCACAAGCAUUAUAAGCUCCACAUGUAACAUCCCACCUACCAGCCUGUCAAUCAUGUCUCAGAACAUGCCCUUAAGUACUACCAGCAAACCAUUACUUAUGCCCGGACCGCCAUCAUCACUUAAUUUUACACCACAAACUCUUGCUUUUGUUCAAGAUAAACUCUUCAUUGGCCUGGAACAAGCCCCUCCCACCUUCGACAUUAAGACAAAAUUGCUCGGCCCCAAUGGUACCUACCUACAUCAUAUCCAAUCAGAAACAGGGGCAAAGGUCCUUCUUAGAGGCCGCGGGUCGGGUUUCAACGAACCAACUUCUGGUCGGGAAGCAUUUGAACCCAUGCACAUUUACAUUCAGCAUAGCAACCAUGUCGGGUUGAAUCAAGCAAGAACGCUGGCACAGAAUCUUCUACAGACUGUACAACACGAGUAUGCCACAUUUCAGCAGCAGCUCGCGUUCAUGCCACCAUCUGUUCUGCCUGCUACAGCCUCCAUGUUGGCUGGUCUGCAGCAGCAACAGCAGAAUUUUACCGGUCGGAAUGCAGUGGACAAGGAAAUUAUGCCACCGCCCAUGAUGACAAACCUCAAAACACUUUCAAGUAAAAGGCUGAAGUCAUCAGCAUCUGGUUGGAAGAGCGUAGAGUGUUGGAGUUGGCGGAUGCACAUAGCAUGGUGGUGGGGAAUACUUGGGUCACAAGGGAACCAGCACGAAUUAUUACUUAUUAGGUCAGGGGAACAUAGACCGAUGAUAGACUAUAUAUUGGUAAGGGAUAAACAUAGGAAGUAUGUGAAGAAUGUGAAGGCGAUACCUGAUGGCAAAUCUUCGAAAGAUACUAACAGCUCUAAGGGGAAUACAAAAAUCAGUUUCUCACUAGCUGAUUCGCCUGCUGUUAAGCCUAAGAAGCUGGAGGGUGCAUUAGGGGGUAUCGUGGCCUAUGGUUCUGACAGUGAGGAGGACAGCGAGACAUGACAGUGAAGUAUUGGGGUGAUGAUUUCAUUUCAUUGCACCGCGCUAUACGACAUUUAACUUUAAAACAUUUUACUGUGUAUGGACGGUAUAUACAUUUUAAUGUACGUUUGCAACGUAUGUAUGCCUGCCGGAAUCAAUUUAUGUUGUUUACAUAGUUUAGUGUAUCUGUAUGCAUGUCUGCAAGUAUGUAUGUGUUUAUUUAAGUCAUUGGCGUAGCCAGGGGAAACAGAGGAGGCUGUCCAUUUACCUCGGGCAACACAUUUUCUGAGUGGCAUUUUUCAAAUUUUGUAUUUGGUAGAAGAUUCACAAAAGUUUUUGUUGCUCCACUGAGGUAAGAAGUUCUGACAGUACAAACGCGCACGAGCUUCGUUUAAUAUUUAAAAUCAAAAUUUUCCUAUAGUGAUUUUAUUAAAUUGAACGUUCGCCCUAACAAAAUGUGGUGGCGGCUUCCAAACUCCUUGGAUACGUCUCCCUUUCUCUCUCUCUCUCUCUCUCUCUCUCUCUCUAUAUAUAUAUAUAUAUAUAUAUAUAUAGUUUUAAUUUUUUUAUCUAUCAUCUUUGUUUUUUUUUCAAUUGGGACAUGUGUUUGUGAGAAAAGAUAUUUUUGUUUCAAGUUUUUAGCUGAUUGUUUUUAUUGGAAAUUUUGCUGUAUGAAAUGUUUUACAACUGAAAAUAAUUUGGUUUCUUUCUUUACAAAAUUGACUUAAAUAAAUAGUUCUACAACAAGGGUGACUGUCAAUGCGUUGUUUUCUUUUCUGCCAAAGUGAAUGUUAUAUUAACGUAAUAAACUCACGUCAAUGUUUAAUUUUU